AUGAAAGGAAACGUCCAUCAAAUUGAAUUUAUUAAAGACAGUGUUUACCAUCGGAAUGGGUUAAUGGAAUUACGCGCCGAGUAUUUAGAAGCACAUCUCCAGAAUGAAGACUUAAAAAUCUAUUGGGACAACGUUAGUGCCUUUUCUUUAGAAUAUCAAGUCUAUGGGAGAAUUAAGUUCUUCAUCGAGUUGAAUGAACGAGUACUUCUGAGAGGCGUAGACACGCGUUGUGUCUACUUUUAUAUCGAAAGGAAAUACCUCUCUGAAAUAGAAGACUUUGUAUUAGAUAAGAAACUCAAUACACUCCCUCGACCUAAUGACUAUAUGAUGCAAUACCCCUUCGUUAAAAUGUACUCAAAACAUAUGAGACAAGUGUUAAACGUCUUGUCCGACGUGUUAAAUAUUUUACUCUUUUUAGUCUUGUUCGCAAGACUCUGGGCCUUUAUCGAUCAAAAGACAGGGGGUCUAACAAAGAUUCAAGAAAUACUCUUCACUAUCGGAGAUUGGUUCUACGAAAAAGUCCCUGUGACGUCUACUAUUAUUGCCCUCCCAUUUUACCCAAUCAAAAAUUUCUUCCGACUCGUCAGGUUUAUAGUUGGAUCCCUCGACGAAGUCUCAAUGAUGAUUUUCUAUUUGUCUUCAGUUAUGAUUUAUAUUUACUCAACUUGGAGCGCCGUGAUCAAAUCACUUAAACUUGUGUUAAACCUGAUUUUAGCCUGGAAAAAAGGGUAUAACGCUAUUAGAGAAGCUCUUGCUAAAAAGAAAAAAGAAAAAGAAGAAAAAAUUAACCAAAGCGAAACUAAAAAGGAUGUCUAA